GCUCCGCUUCCUUGGUCUGAUGUCGGCCCCGAUGGCCAGUAGCGCGUUCAUCGACGAAGUCCUAGGAGAACAAAUCAGCGCAUAUGCAAAUCUCGCGGGGUUUGCUCUCCUGGUAUAUGAUUAUUGUCUCACAGUUCAUCACGAAAUACAUUGGUUAUGGGGUGAAAAGUGGACUUGGGGGCGAGUGGUUUUUACCAUUGCUCGAUAUUCUCCUUUUCCUGGGUUGGCAUUGACUGUCAUUGCUGCGCUUGAGGCGGUGACUUUUAAGUCGUGCAAGCAGUCACAGGCAACGAACUAUAUCCAUAUAGCGAGUAUCGUUGCAGCCGAAGGGCUCCUCAUGAUGCGUAUAUGGGCAUUCUGGGGCUGCAGCCGCCGUCUGCUAGUCAUCCUCCUUACUACCGCUGCGAUAUUCCUUGGUCUUGCUAUUGGGCUAACCAGCUACGUAAGCGAUCUACUCCCAGGAAGGCAACUGCCAGUCGGAACCCUUUCCGAUGCAUGCAACUUCUCAACGGGUCGUUCGAGCACUAUCCAGUACGGAUUUCUGGUGGUAUACGAGCUAAUACUUCUCUCUCUCACAAUAUGGCGCUGGUUUGCCUAUCACCGAUCCACUCAUUCACAGCUCGUCAACACUGUCUAUCGAGGAAGCAUUUUCUACAUAAUGUGCAUGACCGGUUUCUCCUUGUUUAACAUACUGAACGCAGCCGUAUCUCCAGCAUACCACAAUGAAUACCUGGACAGUUUGCAGAUCACUAUGCACAGUGUUCUGAGCGCGCGGAUUUUCUUUCGCAUGCGCGAGACUACCGAGGAAACUCGUGAUUCCCCACUGCCAAGCCACAUGUCGAGUUUCCGUGUCGCUGAUCCCGCAGCCGCCACAGCCGACACGUACAGGUCUAGCAUGGAUGACACCAUUGUUGGCCAUUAGACAUGGGUAUAUCAGGAAACUAAGCCAGUGCAGUCGAGAUCGACAGAAUAAUAUCAGUAGUAGGCUAGUAGCCUGAGCGAUGGAAAGUGGUUAACAAUGAAGAUGCACAGUCC